AUGAAGCUUGCAACAGAUUAUCCCCUUCUUAAUGUCAAAUAUAAUUUCUUAGAUGUAAUGCAAGUUCCCAAAGCAGAAGCUGAGGAACUUGGAGUGGCUUUGAUUACAUUAGAUUUAAUACCACCCAAUUUCAAUCCAUUAUUGAAGAUGGAUAAAGCUGUUGAAUUACGUCUUCAGCUUAAAGGCAACUUUGUCCCUGCAAUUGUUGAUAGAGUUGCACUGGUAAAAUUUAAAACAAAAAUAUACAAUAGCAUUCCUCCUUGGAAUUUUGGUUCUAUCUUUGGAUUACCUCCUAAUUAUCACAGUACACCGAGUAUAGAAUGCUCGGUCAAUUACUUUCCUUUCAACCAGAAUCCAUAUAAUAUGCCGAUUGGAACAAAUGGCUACUUCAGUAUUAGUCCAGGAGACUUUAUAGUGGAGGAGACCAGUGAAAAACGAACAACGACCAUUCUUAGUAUUUUUGGAUCAGCUGGCGGUGCAUUUGGUAUUGUCAUGAGUACUCUUAAAUUUCUCUUUGGAUCACCACGACUAGAUCCAUGGGGUUUUGUGAGAAGGAUAUCUAUAGAUAAAUGGUAUCUUCUACGAACUUUUAUACCAAAAGAUGGCGAUGACAAUUUACUCUACGAUGAAAUUGAUUUUAAAAAAUACUUGGUUAUUCAUAAAAAUUUGUCCAAAUUGGAAUAA